GAUAUGAAAUGUCACAUAGUACCUUUUUACACCAAAGGUGCGAUUUGAGUUCACAUCAACUAGAAUGAUAAUGCACAACCUCGUGGAUUUGUAAGAUGUCUAUUUGUAACCGAUUUAUAUUAGCAGAAAAAACCAGUUUUAAAGGAGUUCCUAGUAACAACAAUUAGUCAAGUCGUUGAAGCGAAACAUCAUUGUUAUCAAAGUCGGAAAAUAGAGUCUCCAAUAUACGGAUUAAAAUUAGUGUUCAACACGAUCUUGAGUUGGAUGACGAAACAUACACAAACAAUAUUAAAAGCAGAUUGUUAGAUGAAUUAACUACGAGAGGCUAAUUGGUUACACCGACACCAUGACUAAAUUAUUGCUCGCUGUUUGUAUCGUCUUGAUCGCUGCGUCUUUGCUGCAGACGACAGAUGCUCGUCCCCAUAGGGAAAAAAGAAACAAGGAUCCAGGUGAAGAAAAACCCUUUUCCUUUCAAUCGCGUGAACGAAAGGAGUUUCGUAACAACAUACUACCCGAAACACUGCUGUACGAAAUUGAAAUAGAAGGAUUUCCAGUGUUCGAGCUGGACCUCGUGUUGAGCUACAAGAUGAAUGUACCGGAAAGUGUCAUUGGAAACUUAGCAAGGGAUUCCUGCAAAGGAAGUCAUAAACUGGAAAAGACGGUCGGCAUAUAUACAGAUCUAAAGGGACACGGAUCUUUCGCAUGUGAAGCGAGUACAGGAAAUGAUUGGCAGUUGAACUGCGAUAUCAGCGGGCUUUUCCAUUUCAAUGGUACGUCCUGCUACAUCGGAGGUGAAGUAGACGAAGCCGUGUGCUUCGACGAUACCACGGAAGGACACCUGGAAUGCCGUUACCCACCUGAUGUUGUGAGACCGAAUAGUUCCGUUGAUAUGAAUCAAACAGCAGAUUUACUGGGUCGUGACCGUCGCUCCAUUCACCCUUCCCCGGGGUUCAAGGUCGUUGAAGUCGCAUUUGCACUGGACGCUGCAUUCAUGAAACAGUUUUACGAUCGCCAUCGAGGCAAUACUGCGGCUGCCGAAAAGGAAGCUGAUCUGUUCGUGGUACUUUUUGUAAACGAGAUGAACGUUUUCUACGCGUCUGUCAAAGAGGUUUCUGACGGUCAACUUGACCUAUACGUUUAUCCUGCGGCUAUCGUCUACCCAGGCUACGGGUAUGAUUUCCGCUGGGCUUCGAACUACAAUGACGGUGGUCGUCUACAAAGUAGUACAGCCUCCGACGAAGAGCUAAGAUUGUUCUUCAACAGUGAAUUUACAACCAACCAUCAUGACUUUGCCAUGGCUCUAACGGGGUUGGAUCUCAUUGACCAGGACGGAAGCGAAGGGUUGCUAGGUUACGCCUUCCUCGGUUCGGUUUGUGUAGACAGCAGUAACACACUGAGUAAAUACAAGUACGCUAUCAACGAGUUCACAAUCAGCAACGUGGCCUGGGUGGCUUCACAUGAACUGGGACACGCACUGGGUGCUAACCACGAUUCGAGUGAAGAAUGCCCUGCCGGAAGGAACAUAAUGUCCGCCUCCGUGUUCAACCCUGACGAGAGCACCGUCGACACCUACAGCAAAUUCUCCACGUGCAGCGUCAAUCAAUUCAUCGAUCACUUGAAACGACAAAACGACUGCAUCGCGGACAAUGGCUUCACAGAUGAGCAGUUCAAAAACUCGUUUUGCAGCGGCCUGCUGGGUCAGCGAGAGAACAGUCUUGGCCUUCAGUGUCAGAAGCGAACUGGCUAUACCAAAAGUACCGUGUGCCAAGAGACGACGAUCAGCGGCGAUGUGGGCUGUUACGGACAUGGUCAGGUGUUCUGUGCAAAUGAAUACGGCUCGUGCGUAGACCUCGCAUUUGUAUGGAAUGGAACCCCUUGCGGCGACGGAAAGAUGUGCUUUAAAGGAAGAUGCGUGUCUGACUUCGACAUCUGCAAAACGACAACCACUAAGCCAACAACAACCACUAGGCGCACACCUACAACCACUAAGACCAAACCUACAACGACAAGGCCCACAACAACAACACCUGAGGAAGAACCAAAUGAAGAUUAUGAAACCACAUAUGAUCCUGAAUGGCAGCGUUUAGAACUCGCAUCGUCCGUCCGUCCAUCUGUCGCUCCGUCCGUCUUUUCGUUUCGCACAACACUCUUGUUAGUAUUUUUGGAGAUUGAUGAUAUUGUGACCUGA